AUGGAUGCAUCUUUUUUGGCAGAGGCUGCUAACAUUGUUUUUGGAGAACGAUCAGCAUCGUGGGUCCACGACUUCCCAGCCACUCCUGAGCAGGACGAACGACGACGAUCAUAUUUCAUUUCCGCAAUCUCUCACGAAAAGGUCAAGGCACUGGCCUUGCGUCACAGCACACAAACAUCCUGUCGCAUUCUAAGCUGCAACAGCGGGAGUUUUAAUGCCAAUUUCAUCAUCGAAUUUGGCGAUGAAACAAAAUGCGUCGUCCGAAUUCCGAUCCUGCCAUUCGUUUACGAUCCAUGGAAGAAAAUACUCGGCCACGUCGCUAUUUCAGAGUAUCUAAAGGACACAACACGAGUCCCGGUAGCUCGUGUUCGCGCAUAUGGCUCUAAUGAACAAUUAUCGGACAAUGGCGACAUGGAAUUCUUUUUCCUCAUUGUAGACUUUAUCCCCGGUCAAAACCAAGCUCCCAGCGCUGGGAUCCCUGGUGCUCAAAAGCAAGGGCGGCUCCCGGAAGUUGGUGAUUUGCGAUCGAUACCGCUAAAUGAGCUCCGACGUAGCGUCCCUCCAACUACGUCAGUACAAGAGUACAUGAAAAGCCAACUCAAGAUCAUCUCUGACUCGCUGGCGCUUCCAGCUGCCGACCAGACUAUCGACGACAUUAAACUUGAGGCCUUCGCGAUCCAUUUCAUGGGGAAAUAUUUUACUGACGUAGAGCCCGGUUUAGAAGAAGAUGGAUAUCCUCUCCAUCACUCAGAUUUGCGACUUCCAAACAUAAUCGUGGGUGAUGACCUGCAAAUCAAUGGCAUUAUUGAUUGGGAUGAUGCAAGCACUGUUCCCGGGCUAUUAUUCUCGCCACCACCGUGGAUCCCUGGUGUGGACGAGAACAGUAUCAUGGCAUUCCAUAACACACAUGGCGAGUUUCGCAGUAUUCUCAAAGAAAAGGCUAAAACGAACUCGGCCUGCGGUCAGCUCCUAAGGCAAUGGUACAAAGAGCCAAACGAAGAGCCAAACGAAGCUUUGUACGUUGCUCACAUCAUCCGAUACCCUACUGAAUUUGCAGAAAUCGUCGCCCGCUUUUAUGAAAGACUUUGUCCAACUGGAAACUUGCGCGCUUCCGUCCAUACUUACUACGAAUCCAACGAUGCAAUCCGACAACAAGUACAACAGCAGGCGGAGCUAUGCGAGGAAUAUACGAGGUUCUUGAAGGACCGUGGGCUUUAUAUUCAAGAAGAACCUUUGAAUCUGCAAGCACUAAACGCAAAGGCCAAGGAAGCCACUAAACAGGCUGAAGAAAUAAUACAAAAGUAUAACUUGUAA